AUGUCUGCCGCUUUCACCAAGGCCGCCGAGGACUCCAAGAAGCUCCUCGCCAAGCCCAGCAACGAUGAGCUCCUCGAGCUCUACGGUCUCUACAAAGUCGGCAACGGCGAAGACAUCUCCAGCGCCCCCGCCCCCGGCAUGUUCGAUAUGAAGGCAAGUCACCAUUACCCCUCACCUCCUCCAUCGCGCGACCCUCCUCCACGACGGCAUCCACGAGGCGAUAUGUACAAUGGCUGGAGAAGCGCCGCGCGAGAUCUCGUCUUCAAUAUAGAUGGGGGCAAGGCCAAGAAGAACGCAUGGCAAAAGAUCGUCGACGAGGGUAUCUCGGCCGAGACCGCCCAGGAGCGCUACGUCGCUCUCGUCGAGCAGCUCAAGGCCAAGCACGGCUUUGACGAGAACAAGGUCCCCGAAGCUGUUGGCAACUAA